AAUUGUUUAUGUACCUCAAAUCACUCUCCCCAUUUACCGGCCAUUUCUGUAUAUAUUCACCCCCCCUAAGCCGUUUUCUCUCCUAUGAACCUAGCUCAAACGAACACCAUCUUGUCAAUAGUAAACAAAGCCUGUUUUUUAUCAGUCUCAAGUACCAGCAGGAACCCUAAAAGUAUAGAAAUUAAGCAGAAGGGGAUGGGGAGAGGGAAGAUUGCAAUUGAAAGGAUCGGUAACUCAACGAGCAGGCAGGUUACUUUCUCAAAGAGGAGAAAGGGAUUGAUCAAAAAGGCCAAGGAGCUGGCCAUUCUUUGUGAUGCUGAAGUUGGUCUUAUCAUCUUUUCCAGCACUGAAAAACUAUAUGAAUUUGCAAGCACCAGCAUGAAAGCAAUAACUGAGAGAUAUCACAAAUCAAAGGAGGGACAUCAGCAACUGCAGAAUCCAGAAUCAGAAGCCAAGUUUUGGCAAAGGGAGGCGGCAACCUUAAGGCAACAACUAGAGAACUUGCAAGAAUAUCAGCGGCAUAUGAUGGGAGAACAACUUUAUGGUUUGGGCAUCAAAGACCUACAAGAUCUGGAGAAUCAACUAGAAAUGAGUCUGCAGGGUGUACGACUGAAAAAGGAACAAAUCUUAACCGAUGAAAUACAAGAACUAAACGGAAAGGGAAAUCUUAUCCAUCAGGAAAAUCUAGAACUGUAUAAGAAGGUAAACCUCAUACGUCAAGAAAACAGGGAAUUGUACAAGAAGGUUUACAGCACAAGGAACAUGACUGCAGCAAGCAUAAGUUCAUUCAUUCCAUAUGGAACUAACAUCAGUGAGGACUCGCAUGUCCCUAUCCAUCUUCAGCUAUGCCAGCCCCAGCAACAAACUUAUGAGAUACCAGCAAAAGAAACAGAGUAAAAAGUAUAACUACAUCAAAGAAAUGCACGGAGGAUUAUGAACAAAUAUUAUUCGACUUGCUCUGAACAAAUAAUGAAGACAUGCUUCCUGGUGUGAGAUGAGCUAGAUAAAUUGAAUCAGGACAAUCACCAGUAUGACAUUUUGUCUCUGAAAUUAACCACAAGCUCAGUUGUGAUAUUGGUGAAAGCAAAUAUCUGGUGUAUCUUUGUAAAUUACAUUCUGUGAAAAUCUGAAUGAAAUCUUUUGGGACAUAAA